AUGCCGCCUCCCAGGACCAGAGCGGAGGUCCAAGCCCAGAAGCAAAAGGAAAAACUUGCCCAGUCCUACAAUGAACUUCUCAAAGAGUUCUCCUCGAAAGACCUCCGGAACGUCGGGAACUAUACACUUGGGAGACUGAUUGGGAAGGGAUCCUUCGGCAAAGUGUAUCUUGCUUCGCAUAAACUCACCAAUGGCUCAAAGGUUGUUCUCAAAUCAUCAAACAAGGAAGACACGAAUCUAGCCCGGGAGAUUCAUCACCACCGCCAAUUCCUCCAUCCUCAUAUUGCGCGCCUUUACGAGGUUAUCGUGACCGAAAAGCUUGUCUGGCUAGUCCUCGAAUAUUGUCCUGGUGACGAAUUGUACAAUUACCUCCUACGAAAUGGCCCGCUACCUAUCGAUAAAGUCAAAAAGAUUUUUACUCAGCUUGUUGGCGCCGUAUCCUACGUCCACAGCAAAUCAUGCGUUCACCGAGACCUGAAGCUAGAAAAUAUCCUACUCGACAAGCACGAGAAUGUGAAACUCUGCGACUUUGGGUUUACAAGGGAAUAUGAGGGUAAGGCGAGCUAUCUUCAGACGUUUUGCGGCACCGUAUGCUACAGUGCUCCGGAGAUGCUCAAGGCCGAAAAGUAUGCUGGAGAAAAGGUGGAUGUUUGGAGUCUAGGCAUCAUCCUUUACGCGCUAAUUGCUGGUGAACUUCCCUUUGAUGACGACGACGAUCAGAUCACCAAGUCACGGAUUUUGAGUGAAGAACCGGUCUACAACGAUAAGUUUACAGAGGAGAGUAAGGCGCUCAUUAACUUGCUCCUUUCUAAGCGACCUCUUCUCCGGCCGAGUCUUUGCGACGUUCUCGCCCAUCCAUUCCUCUCCGAUCACGCUUCUGAGCAAUUGGCGAUACUCAAAAUACCUCGGCCGCCGGCAUUCUCAACAUCUCUGGAAAAGACUACCCUCCAGCGAAUGAAAAGUGCAGGUAUAAACAUUGACGAGGUUGUUGCUAGUGUUCAAUCCCAGCGGUGCGAUGCGCUAGCCGGCUGGUGGGCCCUUCUGAUAGAAAAGGAGCAACGGAAAGAGGCAAAGAGGGAACGGAAACGCAGAGAGCGAGAGGCAGAAGCGAAAAACAUUCGGCGGUUAAGCGCAGCCAGCAGUCGUCUGGAAAAGAUAUCAGCGGCGUUGGUAGAGGUCGACGAGGAAGGACAUUCCACUGGCCUUCUUCAUGAACGCGGGCGGAGAGACCGGCGAAGUUUGCCCUCGCAACUUGCAGUCCCAGAGCUGCCAAUACUCCCCGAACCGCCUGUGCAGUCUCCUGAACUUCCUACACCCCCUCCGCCCCCCGUCGACAAAGACUCAAUCCGCUCCAACAGCUCAACUCGUCGCCGUCCUCCAGUGCCACCUCCCAAGGAUAGAAGGCGCUCUCGACCUAGCACACUACAUGUGAGCGCAUCUCAGCCAGAACUUGCUCAACAUGGCGGCAUUUUCAGGCGUCGUACGAAUCGUCGCCAGUAUCCAAUCAUCAGCCAACUGGCUUCUCUAAAGCAUUGGUUUGUAGAGUCUGCGAAACGAGCCAAGUCACCGCAUCCGAAAACAAAUUCAAGCACGCAUCGCAAAUUCCUAUCCGAAAAGCUAAGUCCCGCAAAAGGUCAGGAAGGAACGAAGAAAACCACCUUGGCGUCUUCAACCUCUAGCCAGAAAACUGAGUUGGCGACACCCACUCAGAUUAAGCGUGCAUCCAAUGCAAGCAGCUUAGCUCCAAGCAGUGCAUCUUAUCCUACGCGUCGCCACUCCUAUCCCCGACAACCCCGGCCAUUGAGCACCAGUCAUGCAAGCCAUCGGAAUUCCCUUUCGCCUUCUCCACUUACUCCUAGAGGCUCUUAUCGACGGUCGUCGGCUGGUUUACGAGGUCGCAAGUCGACAUCUUCAUCCGUUUCGUCUAUCCGGAGCAUCCACCACGGCCAUAGCCACUCUAAGGCUUCGUCUAUCUCCUCCAACAGCAUCGGUUCAGUCUCGACCCCAACAGCUCGGACUGCCAAGUCCCCUCACACUUCAGUCAAGGUGCUUCCUACAACACCUAGCACAUCAGCUCGCUUCCCUACGAAUAUUCGAUUAGUCCGCAACCCAAACCAUGGAUUCCGAGACGUCGACGGUUCCGACGGUAUGCCCAGCUCAUCAUCGUUCAACGAAGCUGCCCCCGCGCCCAUGUUAUAUUCACCUUCCUCGAGCCUCGUGUUCGCCCGGCGGAAACGCGCUACAUUCAAGGGGCCAAUGGUCCACGUAGCCAACAUGGCUACUGGAGGAUUCGCUACGACUGAAUUUCCCAACGGCGAUGCUAGAAUGGACGGCUCUGCCCACAAAGCAGCUCGACCGGCCGCGCGGAAAAGCCAAAUCAUCGAAGAGGAAGAGGACGCAGAGGACGAAUACGAAGAAGUCGAUACCUUUACCGGUACAGAGGAGGAGCCUGCGUCGCCAAUCGGCGUAACCAAUUCUGACCUUUCGGGCGCGGGUUUCUCCGACCAACCUUCUAAACCCGUUCUUGAACCAGCUCCUGAUCUCGAUUCGAGUCCUCUCAGGCCUCCGCGCUCCUCCUCACUGAGGGCGGCGCCGUCUUUAGAACCUUUGGUUGGUUCGACCCAACCCGACAAAAGUGUCUUGGAUUCUCCAAAGUCAACGGCUUCGGGGAAACGCAGUCUGGACAAUACCGCUGAGCCAACUGCCAAAUAG